AUGUAUGUAGUUGAUGUUGACGUUGUAGAUGAUGUAGAUGUAGUUGAUGUUGAUGUAGUUGAUGUUGACGUUGUAGAUGAUGUAGUUGAUGUUGACGUUGUAGAUGAUGUAGUUGAUGUAGAUGUAGUUGAUGUAGAUGUUGUAGAUGUAGUUGAUGUUGAUGUAGUUGAUGUUGACGUUGUAGAUGAUGUAGUUGAUGUAGAUGUUGAGGAUGUUGUAGUUGAUGUAGAUGUUGAGGAUGUAGUUGAUGUUGAUGUAGUUGAUGUCGAUGUCGAGGUUGUAGUCGAUGUAGAUGUUGUAGAUGUAGUUGAUGUAGAUGUUGAGGAUAUGUUGAGAUAUGUAGUUGAUGUAGAUGUUGAAGUCGAUGUAGAUGUUGAAGAUGUAGUUGAUGUAGAUGUAGAAGUCGAUGUAGAUGUUGAAGAUGUAGUUGAUGUAGAUGUUGUAGAUGUAGUUGAUGUAGAUGUAGUCGAUGUUGAUGUAGAUGUAGUUGAUGUUGACGUUGUAGAUGAUGUGCUUGAUGUAGAUGUUGAUGUCGUCGAUGUAGAUAUAGUUGAUGUAGACGAUGUGGAGGAAGUAGUUGACGUAGAUGUUGUAGAUGAUGUAGAUGUUGGGGAUGUAGUUGAUGUAGAUGUUGUAGAUGAUGUAGAUGUUGUAGUUGAUGUAGACGUGGAUGUAGUUGACGUAGAUGUGGCUAGUGUUGAUAAAUUUGAUGUAGAGGAUAUAGUUGUAGACGAAGUGUUCUCGGUGUUGAUGUUUUAG